CCCCAGGCCAGGCUCCCCGGGACCAGGGACCAGGGCGCGGGUUGCAAGCCGGUGGGCCUGGGGAGGGACCGGAGCCCCGCAGCCGGCUGCGGCGAGGGUCUCGGAGCCGCCUCCUCCCUCGGCCGGCACCGCAGUCAGCACGUCUCCCCUUCCCUCCCGCAGGGAGCGGACAUGGACUUCGACUCGUACCAGCACUAUUUCUACGACUAUGACUGCGGAGAGGAUUUCUACCGCUCCACGGCGCCCAGCGAGGACAUCUGGAAGAAAUUCGAGCUGGUGCCGUCGCCCCCCACGUCGCCGCCCUGGGGCUCGGGUCCCGGCGUCGGGGACCCAGCCUCUGGGAUUAGUCCCGGGGAGCCUUGGCCCGGAGGGGGUGCCGGGGACGAGGUGGAAUCUCGAGGCCAUUCGAAAACUUGGGGCAGGAAUUAUGCUUCCAUCAUCCGCCGUGACUGCAUGUGGAGCGGCUUUUCUGCCCGGGAACGACUGGAGAGAGUAGUGAGCGACCGACUCACCCCAGGCGCGCCCCGGGGGAACCCGCCCAAAGCGCCCGCCACCCCGGACUGCACUCCCAGUCUGGAAACCAGUAGUAACCCGGCGCCUGCCACCCCGUGUCAGCUGGGCGAACCCAAGACUCAGGCCUGCUCCGGGUCCGAGAGCCCCAGCGACUCCGAGGGCGAAGAAAUCGAUGUGGUAACGGUGGAGAAGAGGCGAUCUCUGGACAUCCGAAAGCCAGUCACCAUCACGGUGCGAGCAGACCCUCUGGACCCCUGCAUGAAACAUUUCCACAUCUCUAUCCAUCAGCAACAGCAUAACUAUGCUGCCCGCUUUCCUCCGGAAAGUUGCUCUCAGGAGGGGGCUCCAGAGAGGGGUCCCCAGGAACCAGAGGCUCCAGAGGUAGAAGCUCCCAAGGGGAAAGAGGAGGAAGAGGAGGAAGAGGAGGAGGAAGAAAUUGUGAGCCCCCCACCUGUAGAAAGCGAGACUCCCCAGUCCUGCCACCCAAAACCUGUCAGUUCUGACACUGAGGAUGUGACCAAGAGGAAGAACCAUAACUUCUUAGAACGAAAAAGGAGGAAUGACCUCCGUUCGCGGUUCCUGGCCCUGAGGGACCAGGUGCCCACCCUGGCCAGCUGCUCUAAGGCCCCCAAAGUCGUGAUCCUAAGCAAGGCCUUGGAGUACUUGCAAGCUCUGGUGGGGGCUGAGAAGAAGAUGGCUACAGAGAAAAGGCAGCUCCGGUGUCGGCAGCAGCAGCUGCAGAAAAGAAUCGCGUACCUCAGUGGCUACUAACCCACCAAAAAGCCUGACUUCUCUGUCUCUCUCUCACACACACACGUUUAUUUUCUAUCUUCUCUCUCCCUUUUAGUAAUUUGCACAUUUUGGUUACAGCGGGGCAGGCUGGACAGUCGGUCCCAGAAUGCAUUGCAGCCAGUGCACACACAAUAAGGGCUUGCAUUCUUGGAAACCUCGAAACCCAACUCGCCCUCUUGCCUGACUCACGGGAGUGCUGUCUUCUCUGGCGCCUUUGGCUUCUCAGCAGGCGACUGACUGAGGAGACUCCGGGUCUGCCUAGCUCACUGGCUUCUGAGGAAAGGCUGCCGGAUGCUAUGCAACAGGUGGUGGGCGAUGCCAGGGACUGCAGCCUGCAUGAAAUCUCACACUGUGCUAGAGCUUUAGGCUAGGAAAGGAUUCUGCUCCCACUGGUGUCUCUGGGGAUGACGCGAGGACAGCUGGGCCUGGAUAGAUACUGUCCCCGAGGCCCUGUUUUCCAGGAGACAAGCGAGCUGUCCUGGGUGAAGACAGGCUUGAUCAGCAUGGACCAUUACCUCACUGUCAGACACUUUACAGUAGCUGAGGAGUGGAAACCUUUAAGAUACAUUAGGACAUUAGGCCACACCCUUCCCUCCACUCUCAACGCUAUGACUUUGAAAACAUUUAAAGGGCUCGGCCUGUAGAGUCUUUGUCUCAGAGCGCUCUGAGCCUUCUCAGAGAGAGACCUGCCUAUCCUUACAAGGUAUUUUUUUGUUUGUUUGCUUCUGCCUUUGUUAUGCAAUUGGCAUCACAGCACCCUUUCCUACAGAUCAGAAAUAUUUCUGCAGGACGUGGGAAAAUGGGUCAUGGGAAAGCCUUGGCAUCCUGGCUCCUGAACAUCUUCCUUGCCCGGGUGUUUUCUGCAGGGUCAUUUGAAGCCCAGCUUGGAACCUUCUCUCAAGGCAGACACAAAGAGCCCCAGAAGGAAGUGCCCGACCACUUCCUCUUUUCCUCCUGCCUCUCAAGUCAGUUCUUGAUUUUUGUCUAAAUUCUGCAGGAACAGUGUAAAUCUGUCCUUCUCGAGCCACUUCAAGGCGUUUUCUGGCUCCGAAGCCACCAUCCUGGUUCCCUGAGUCACUUCCUUCUCCCAGAAUCUGGGCCUGAUAGAUACUCUGAGGGAGCUGCUAUAGGUGCCCCAGGAGGUGCCCUAGGAGCAGUGCCCAGCCAACCCCAACUGGUUUUGCUCCAGCUGUGUUCUGCAGCACCAGGUGGACUCUAGGUACAGCCCUCAAUAGGGAAAGUCACCCAAGCUAGCGGUGGUCAUGUGGGCAUCCUUGGGAGAUCCUAAACUUUGCUUGAACGAAGAGUCAACCUUUUCAGAACUCUGCCCAGAACGGCCAAUUCCUUCCUGCUGGCCCUGCAUUUGGAAGUAGGGGAACAGUGUGGGGGGCGGACAGAUGGUAAAUACUACCUGUGCUUCUCAAAGACCAGCUGCCACUUCCAGAUCUGCCGACCAUGAUGGCUUGGCAUUGCUUCCUGGCCUCAGAGAAAGCUUUGGAAGUAGCCGUUCUGCCUGCUGGGGCCGGACUUUCAGGCACCAAGGGACUCCUGGGACUCUGUUGGAAGGGUAAGUGGGAAGCAGGCUACUGAAGACUCAUCUGAACGGCUUGUAUUUUAUAAGCUGCUGCUGGGUUACGUGCUGCGCGACUCUUUUUUUUUUUUAAUACUGUAUUUUUGUAUGCUUUUUGCAAAGUGGUGUUAACUGUUUUUGUACAAGAAAAAACAAACAAACAAAAAAAAAAACAUACAAAAACCUCCUGUUGCAAGGGUCUGGUUUAUUUUGAAAGGCAAGUUUACCUGAAAUUUUGUAUUUAGUUGUAAUCGUUAAUUGCUUGAUUUUAAACUGUUGCCUCCUGGGACAUCUUCUAAUAAAAGAUUUCUCAAAAAUG